AUGGAUCAUUUCAUAAAACAUGUAAAGCCUAGUCCUGAAGAACCAGUACUUUUACUGCUAGACAACCAUUCAUCCCACAUUAAUAUUGAUGUCAUUGAAAAAGCCAAAGAAAAUUCAAUUAUAUUCCUAUCAUUCCCACCACAUUGCACUCACCGCCUGCAACCACUAGACGUGGGUGUCAAUGGCCCUUUCAAAACAUACUGCUCAAAAGCCCAGAAUAACUGGCUACGAAAUAAUCCUGGGAAGACUAUGUCAAUCUACGAAAUACCAGGUAUAGUUGAAUGUGCAUUCCCGCUAGCAGCAACACCCACCAAUAUUUGCAAUGCAUUUAAAAAGGCUGGUAUUUGGCCUUAUGAUUCGACUAUUUUUACAGACGAAGACUUUGCACCAUCUUUCGUCACCGAUCGGCCAAUGCCAGAUAAUCUUCACUUACAAGAGAUGAUUUUACCUGAUCCCUCAAGCAUGCCAGAAAGGACCUCUGAUUAUCACCGAGCGUCAAUGAUAAAUGAGCCAGGACCUUCAGGUAUAGAGCAAUCUAUCAAUGUGGAAUGUGGAAACGAGCCCGGUCCAUCGGGUUGUCAGCAACCAGAGUCACACCAUAGUUCAGAGCUUAUUCCUCGCUAUUAUGCUCAAGCUGGUGAUCACAUCACUUCUCAAACAGAAGGUAACGAUGCACCUUUCUCUCCGGAGUUGAUUAGACCAUUACCUAAAGCUCCUCCCCGUUUAUUGGGACAUAAUAAACAACGUAAAAGAAAGUCAGCUGUUCUUACGGAUACUCCGGAAAAAAAUGCUUUGGCAGAAGAACAGGCUAAGAAAAAGAAAGAAAGUAAGACUAAAGUAAAUGGGAAGGGAAAAGCUGGUAAAGAAAACAAAAAAGAAACUAAACAAAAAAGGAAGAAUGCCGCUAGAAGGAAAGUUCUCCAAGAAGAUGAUGAAAGUACCGAUGAAGAGAACGAAUUAGAAUGGUACUGCAUCAUAUGCUGUGACUCUUACUCUAACUCUGCGCCUGGAGAAAAAUGGAUUGAAUGCAGAGUCUGUAAGAAUUGGGCACAUUUGCAAUGUGUUGAAAAUGAAGAAACAUUUGUAUGUCCUAACUGCUUUUCUGAUCAGUCAUCUGAAGAAUAG